AGUGAAGUCACAUGUUUGAGGAAGCGAUCGGACUGGUUGUGCAGCCGCAGAGUGUGAAGAGUCCGACAUGAGAGUCUGUCUGUGAACAGAGCUGAUCUGUGGUCAGUGUGGCCUCCUCACAGGAAACAGAGUCCUCACAGAGACGCAAAGACACGCAGACAGACUGAGUGAUGGAGCUGAAGAUGCUGUUGCUCGUCUCUCUGCUCGCCGCUCUGGAGCUGAGCUCAGUGGCGGGCAGCCAUCGUGGCUCCAUGCCCGGCUCGCCGCUGAACAUCAGCCGGGACGACCGCGGCCUCCAGCAGGUUGUCCUCGCCGCCACCUACUCCUUCAACAACCAGUCAAACGACGCCUUCCUCUUCAAACCCUCCACCAUCCACAGUGCACAGCGACAGAUUGUUAAAGGGAUUCGAUACAGCGGAGAUUUGGACAUUUCCAGAACCGUCUGUCGCAAACGAGACCAAAACAAGGACCUGUCCAAGUGUGACUUCCAGCCUAAAGGUCGCCUGCACCAGACGUUUCAGUGUCACUUUGAGGUUUGGGUGGUUCCCUGGGAAAAUCAGACCAAGAUUCAGGUCUUCCUGUGUAAACCCUGAGACCCCGGCCGCCUCAGGACCUCCACCCUCCACCUCUCUCUUAGUCCUGUCCUCCUGAUGGAGUCUGAUGUUGGUACUGACUGUUACAUCCACCUGUUCACCUGCUCACCUGUCAGAUGUGAUGCUCUACGUGUCUUAAAUUAAACUUUUUCACUCUUUUUCACACAAAAUAAAAAUAAGGAAAAACACAGGAA